AUGACGACUGGAUCAUCAUACCCCAGCAUCAGCGCCAACCUGGACCUUCGCGGAGAGCAAUAUCAGUCGAAUAAGGAAGGCUGGACACCCAUUCUUGACAAGUUUGAAGAUGCCCUCAAACAAGUGUCCGUCGAAGGAAAUGAUGCCUCUCUUCUUCGACAUCAACGACGUGGCCAACUCUUACACCAGGACUCACCCUUCUUGGAGGUUUGCGCCUUCGCUGGAUACGAGAACAGUGAAUCUACACCCGGGGCAAAUAUCAUCGCAGGCAUCGGAAAUGUGUGUGGCAAGCCGUGUUUCCUUCUAUCCCAUGUGCCGACCUCCCAAGGAGGAGCAUGGAACAGCAUGACUGUCUUGAAAGUAAACCGUUGCUUGGAGAUCGCGACUGAGAACGAUCUUCCACUCAUCUCUCUCGUGCAAUCCGCUGGCGUUUUCUUGCCGCAGCAACGCACCGUUUUCCACAAGGGUGGCCAGCUCUUCUAUGACCUUGCGCAGAGAUCAGCCGCAGGAAAACCGUCCUGCGCAAUUGUCUUUGGGUCAUCGACUGCAGGAGGCGCUUAUCACCCAGCAUUAUCUGACUACACCAUCUUCGUUGAAAACCAAGGCCAGGCUUUUCUUGGUGGGCCACCUUUGGUCAAGAUGGCCACUGGGGAGGUUAUCGAAGCCGAAGAGUUGGGAGGAGCUAAGGUCCAUGCUACAAUGACAGGACUUGCAGACCAAAUCGCGACCGACGAGUUUGAUGCUAUUCAGAAGUCUCGGGAAUGGGUCGCCUCACUGCAAAUGCGCACUCAACCAACACUCGGGCUGAUAGAACCUGCGGCACCGCGUUAUCCAGUUGAAGACUUGCUCUCCCUGGUUAAUCCAGACAUUCGAAAGCCCUUCGACAUGAGUGAAGUCUUACUCCGUCUUGUUGAUGAUUCGCGUCUCUCCACGUUUAAGCCCAAGUAUGGACCAAAUAUCAUCACGGCCUGGGCACACAUAAUGGGACAUCCUGUCGGUAUCGUGGCAAACCAAAUCUCGGUUAUCAAUCCUACCGAGGCUGCAAAGGCUGCGGCCUUCAUAAGAAUCUGCAAUCAACAAAACACACCGAUCGUGUUCCUCCACAACGUGACAGGGUUUAUGGUCGGAGCCAAAGCAGAGCACGCCGGAAUCAUCAAGAUGGGCGCCCAACUGGUAUCCGCCGUCAGCUGCUCGAAAGUCCCCCAUAUCUCCAUAAUUCUCAGGAGCGUCCUACGGAGCAGGCAAUUACGCGAUGUGCGGGAGGCCAUACAAGCCCAGAGUGCCCAGUCGAAGGGAAAGGCGCUUUCACCGGAGAAACUACAGAAGCAGAUUCAGACGUUCAGGGACACGGCACAAAGAGAUGCCGAGUCCUAUUCUACAAGCUCGUCGCUGAUCGAUGAUGGCAUCAUCGAUCCUCGUGAUACUCGGGAUGUGCUGGGUAUUUGCUUGGAAGUGGUUUCUCUCCAAGGUGUUCGUGGCGCAGAGUCGCAUAUGGGACUGGCGAGAAUUUGA